AGGGGGAGGGGGAGGUUUCUGUUUUCAGUCUGUUCUUACAGUUUGGCGUAAAAGAACUGAGUAGAUGAUGUUUUUCAUUACUCGCCUGUGUAGCAGCUCUGCGUCUUCCAAAGCGCGAGACUUUUCCGAAGUCUUUCAAAGCGCGCGCAUUUUUCGAAGCGUGAUCUAAACAAUGGUUGCUAUAGUUUUUUCGUCGUGUACGUCGAUUAUACAUUCCAAGCCUAAACCUUAUAGGGAAAAGACUGUCGAAAAAUGUCGCAAAACAACCGGAGGACAAGUGGAUCCAAGUUCACCGGAUGCCCGAAAGCCUCAAAGAUCCGGCAGUUGGAAUCGGCUCUGGAUUAUGCCCACCGUGCUAUUCGAAGCUUGAACAAAGAUCUCAGAAAUCUUGGGAUCGAGAAUGAUGUCCUCAGAUCAGGUCUACAGGACGGAAACCGGGUCCUAGCGGAAGAGCAAAGAAAUGCAGAACUCCUACUCAAAAAGCAGGUAAAUAAAAUAAUUAGAUUAAAUGCGCACAGUGCACAAUCAUCCCACCCAACCAUCAUUCUUCUCAUUUUUUUUUUUGCGCGAUAUUAAACAACACGGCGAAAAAUAAAACAGGACGGAAAAGUGGGAGUAGUCAAGCAAUUUUAUUAUAACUUUCUUAUCUAUUCUAGUGUUGUUCUUUUAUUAUUUAUUUUGAUUUGUUUAUCAACGCAAGAUGCGCAAA